AUGUCGAAUGCACUGGCGGUGCCUCGUGUGGAGCAUGUAAAACGAUUUGUUUUUACUGAAAAAUCGGAUUCUGACGAAAAGUUUUCUGUAGAAGUAGUUAUUGUAGAGCAACUUCAAGCAAGUUAUAGUUUUUAUACUUGGCCUUGUGCACCUUAUUUGGCUUGGUAUCUGUUUGAGCAUCGAACAGAAUUAGAAGGAAAGCAUAUUUUGGAAUUAGGAGCUGGAACAUCAUUACCUAGUAUUUUGGCAGCCAAGUGUGGAGCCAAAGUUACAAUAUCAGAUAGUGCUUUACUGCCUAAAACUUUACAGCACAUACAUCAAAUUUGUCAAACAAAUCAUUUGGAUCCUGAUCAAUACCAAGUUUUGGGUAUCACUUGGGGAUAUUUUUUUAAUCAAUUGUUUGAAUUAGGCGAUCUUGAUUUGAUCAUUGCAUCAGAUUGUUUUUAUGAACCAUUAUUGUUUGAAGAUAUUUUAGUAACCGUUUCUUUUUUGUUAAACUGUCACCCGCAAUCUUUGUUUUUGUGUACUUAUCAGGAAAGAAGUUCGGAUUGGACUAUAGAACAUUUGUUAAAUAAAUGGUCGUUGAGUUGUAGGCAUAUUGAUAUAACUACAUUAGGAAAUAAAUCAUUUAUAAAUACAGAAAGUUUUAAAAUGAGCAAUAUAAAAGCAUUGAAAAAAUUAUUUGUUAGUAAUUUACCCUACACUGUUGGAAAAAGAGAAUUUAAAAAAUAUUUUGAAACCUUUGGUAAAGUUAUAUAUGCUGAUGUGAUUUUUGAUUGGAAAACAGGAUUUUCUAAAGGUUAUGGUUUCAUUUUAUACAAAAAUGAAAGUUCAUUAAAGUCUGUAAUGAGCAGCCAACCACACACAUUAGAAGGAGGAAGAUUAGUAGCAUCUUCUCAUGUUAAAAAUAUUGUCGGCAAUCUUACAAAAGAACAACUUCUCGAGUUUUAUGCUCAUUACAAACAAGCAAUAGAAGGCCCUUGCAAUAAACCCAAACCCUAUUGGUAUGAAUUUUCCGAAAAGCAAAAAUGGGAAGCAUGGACAAAUUUAAAUGACAUGGAUUCUAAUUUAGCCAUGGAAAAGUACAUUAAAUUAUUAAAUGAUAUUGAUCCAGAAUGGAAUGAUAAACCUGUUUCGAAUGUUAAAACCCAAGGUUGGGUACAUCACAGCUGUAUGGAAAACAAUGAUGAAGUCAUUGAAGAAUCUAAAAAAACAGUAUUCGAUUGGGUCAAAGAAGGAAAUUUGGAUAAAGUUAAAGCUUUAACUUCAAAUAUUAAUUUAGAAAUAAAUAAAUUAGAUGAAAGCGGAUUAGGUUUAUUACAUUGGGCAUCCGAUAGAGGAAAUAUAAACGUAGUUAAAUAUUUAGUUGAAGAAUUAAAGGCGGAUGUUAAUUUAAGAGAUGGCACCGGACAGACUCCGUUGCAUUUUGCUGUCAUUUGCGAAUAUGAUGACGUAGCUAAUUACUUAAUUGAAUCUGGAGCUGAUGUUAAUAUCAAAGACGAUGAAGGAUUAACUCCUUAUCAGGUUUCGGAGUAG